UCGCUCGUUUUUUUGCCGGACUUGGGCUCUUCUCCGCUGCUUUGAUAUAAAUGACAAUGUCUUCUUGGCGGAGAGCUGGAGAUAACGGAGAACUGAACAUCCGCUAUUCAGAAAGAACGUCUUUAGCAUUCUCGAUGCGCCGAUAAUCAUAUGAACGGCCUCGGGCACCCAGAAGCAGCACUAGGAAAUGAACUCCGGUGUGCAUUCGUAUACAACCUGUCAACUCCAGUUGGGCGAGAUGGAUGCGUCCACGCAUGCCGAGCUCCGGCGUCUGGAGCCAUCGAGUUUCAUGAGGUGCCUCCCUGGAUACGUCAGUGUAUCAGAUGUACUUGUAUGUCCAAAUAUCAGCCUGUUGACUUGGUCAAUAUUCACGAGUGGGUGGGAUUUUCAAGGCACCGAUUCCGAGGUUACCAGGCUGCUUUGCCUGUUUCUCACACACCCAGCACCCUUGACACGAGAUAAAACCUAGCUCAGCUGUACCAUCGAUGUGUGUAAACGACACUAUCGACUACUUGGUAAUCCAAUCGUCGGGCGUAACGGCAGCAACUCCGGGUUCGUCGCGGUAGUCUCGCAAAUGUCAAGUCUUAAGGG